AUGUCCGCCCACGCCCACCCACCCACCUCGCGCGCCCCACCCGACGAAAUCCGCAGCCUCGACCUCCUCGCGCAGCGCAUCCAGCACCUCAACGGCGCGCUCGAGGUGCUCAAGGCGACGCAGCUGGCGCACAUCUGGGACACGCACGCCCCCGCGCCGUGGGCCACCGUCGCGCACCAGUCCAACAUCAUCAACGGCCGGCUGAGCGCGCUGCUCGAGGCCUUCGCCGCCAACCGCACCCUGCUCGGCCAGGCGCACCCGUUCCCGCUGCCCACAUUUCCCGGCCGCUCGCACGAGAACAUGGCGACGCAGCUGACGCGCAAGAAGAUGGUGCCGUGGGUCGAGGAUUGGAUCGCUGAUGGCGUGAGGUUGGCUGUGGGCGACGAGGAGGAGGGAGGUGCGAGUGGUGGGAGGGGCGGGGGCGAUGGGGCGACGAGGUUGGUUGGGGAUGGCGGGUUGACGGGGGAGCAGAUUGAGGAGUUGUGGGAUUGGGCGGGGCCGGCGGGCGGCGAGAUUGGCAGGGAGGUCCUGACGGCCGAGGACGAGGACGAUGAGGGCGAGGAUGAGGACGACGACGACGAGGAUGAGGAGGGCGGCGCCAUGGAAGGCGUCGAGGGCGGCGAGGGCGCUGGGGCCGACAAGAAGACGGAGACUAUCCCGCCGAUUCGCCCUAUGAUGCCCUUGGACGAUAUCUUCAAGUUCGUCAGCACUGGCGUGGCGGCGUGA